CGCCGGGGGAAGAGCGGGCGGGCCUGUUCCCGGGGGGCGUGUGGGACUGGCGGCCGACCGCUGCCCCUGCCGCCACCAACAUGGAGAGUUUGUACCGAGUCCCGUUCUUAGUGCUCGAAUGUCCCAACCUGAAGCUGAAGAAGCCGCCCUGGGUGCAUAUGCCGUCGGCCAUGACGGUGUACGCUCUGGUGGUGGUGUCUUACUUCCUCAUCACUGGAGGAAUCAUUUAUGAUGUUAUCGUCGAACCUCCAAGUGUCGGCUCCAUGACUGAUGAACAUGGGCAUCAGAGACCAGUAGCUUUCUUGGCCUACAGAGUAAAUGGACAAUAUAUUAUGGAAGGACUCGCAUCCAGCUUCCUGUUUACAAUGGGAGGUUUAGGUUUCAUAAUCCUGGACCGAUCCAAUGCACCAAACAUUCCCAAGCUCAAUAGAUUUCUCCUUUUAUUCAUUGGAUUCGUCUGUGUCCUAUUGAGUUUUUUCAUGGCUAGAGUAUUCAUGAGAAUGAAACUGCCGGGCUAUCUGAUGGGUUAGAGUGCCUUUUGAGAAGAAAUCAGUGGAUACUGAAUUUGCUCCUGUUAAUGAAGUUUUAAAGGCUGUACCAGUCCUCUGAUAUGAAAUAUGGAAAAGGAUGAAAAGCAGCAGAAAAGAACAUCUAGUGAAAACAUAGGAAAUGUAUUAUAGCUUGGACUAGAGUGUCUUCUUGGUAUCAGAGACAAGCUUAUCAGUAUUUUUUCCUGCUGGCCUAUACUGACAUACCAACGAUGUUAAGUGGCAUUUUCUUCUUCUUUUUUUUAUUUCUUAAAGAAAAUAUACUUCAUUUCUACAACUAUAA